AUGCCUCACGUGGGCCUCAUUCGGCUCCUGAGCCCAGUUGGACGGUUGGGUUUUGCCCGUGUCACGGUGGGGUCGGGGGAGCAGACGGCGCGGGCGGCUGUGAUUGAGAGCGCUGUCACAGCACCUGCGGUCACGGCCUCUGACGAACUACGCCGGGGGGGCAUGAAUAAUGUGCACCCUGCGGGGCGGCCCUCGUGGCCGGGAUGCCACUGUGUGCCGUGCCAGUCCACGGUGGACGGUGAGGGGCAGGACGAGGGGACAGAGUGCCCGCGGCUGAGAGGAGGUGGCCCGCACCAAACGGGAGAAAUGAACCUCUGCUGGAACGAGAUCAAACGCAAGUCCCACAACAUCCGGGUGCGGCUAGAGGCGUUCUCUGACAACAGCGGGAAGCUGCAGCUCUCGCUACAGGAGAUCAUAGAAUGGCUGACAGCCAAGGAUGAGGAGCUGUCGGAGCAGCUGCCCAUUGGAGGCGACGUGGGGGCCGUCCAGCACCAGAGGGAGUUCCACCAGGCGUUCAUGGAGGAUGUCAAGUCCCGCGGGCCGUUCAUCUACUCGGUGUUGGAGUCCGCCCAGGCCUUUCUGGCUCAGCACCCCUUCCAGGAGCCGGAGGAGACCCUGGCCGAUGGAAAAGAGCUCUCUCCCAGCCGGCGGAUCUUGAAUGUGAGCCGCUCAGUAUGGAAGCAAGCGAACGUGGCCAGUGACCUGUGGGAGAAACUGACGGCACGCUGUGUGGACCGCCACAGACACAUGGAGCGGACCUUAGAGCGUCUCCUCCAGGUCCAGGCAGCGAUGGAGGAGCUGGCCGUGGCCCUGGAGCAGGCCGAGGGCGUGAGAGACGCCUGGGAGCCUGUGGGAGACCUCUUCAUAGAUUCUCUGCAGGACCACAUAGACGCCACCAAGUUAUUUAAGGAGGAGCUCACCCAGGUGAAGGAGGGCAUGAAGCACAUCAAUGAUCUGGCUCACCAGCUGGCCAUCGCCGAUGUUCAUUUGUCGAUGGAGAACGCCCGCGCCCUGGAGCAUCUCAACAGCAGAUGGAAAGUGCUGCAGGGCUCCAUAGAGGAGAGGCUGAAGCAGCUCCAGGAUGCACACAGAGACUUUGGCCCCGGAUCGCAGCACUUCCUCUCCAGUUCAGUGCAGAUACCAUGGGAGCGUGCCAUCUCGCCCAACAAAGUACCCUACUACAUCAACCAUCAGGCCCAGACCACGUGCUGGGACCAUCCAAAGAUGACAGAGCUGUACCAAGCGCUGGCGGACCUGAACAACAUCAAGUUCUCAGCCUACAGAACAGCCAUGAAGCUGCGACGGGUUCAGAAGGCUCUGAGACUGGAUUUAGUGGCGCUGAGCGGCCUUGUGGAGGUGUUCCGGGACCAGGAGUUACAGCAAGCGGAGCACGUGAUGGACGUGGUGGAGGUGAUUCACGGGCUGACGGCUCUGUACGAGAGGCUGGAGGAGGAGAGGUCCAUCGUGGUCAACAUUCCCCUGUGCGUUGACAUGUGUCUUAACUGGCUGCUCAACGUCUACGACAGUGCUCGAAACGGCAAAAUGCGAGUGCUCAGCUUCAAGAUGGGAUUAGUGAGCUUAUGCAACGCCGACGUCCAGGAGAAGUACAAAUACUUGUUCCGUCAGGUGUCUGGUCCUGGAGGUCUGACCGACCAGCGGCACCUCAGCCUGCUGCUGCACGAAGCCAUCCAGAUCCCGCGCCAGUUGGGCGAAGUUGCCGCUUUUGGGGGCAGCAACGUGGAGCCCAGCGUCCGUAGCUGCUUCCGCGUGGCCCCAGGGAAACCUUCCAUUGAGGUGUCUCAUUUCUUGGAGUGGAUGAGCCUUGAACCCCAGUCGAUGGUUUGGCUUCCUGUCCUCCACCGUGUGACUGCUGCAGAGUCGACCAAGCACCAAGCCAAAUGCUAUGUAUGCAAACAGUGUCCCAUCAAGGGCUUCAGGUAUCGCAGUCUGAAGCAGUUCAAUGUGGACAUCUGCCAGACAUGUUUUCUAACCGGCCGCACUACCAAGGGAAAGAAGCUGCACUACCCCAUCAUGGAGUACUACACGCCAACAACCUCGGGGGAGAAGAUGAGGGACUUUGCCAAGACUCUGAAGAAUAAGUUCAGGUCAAAGCAGUACUUCACCAAACACCCGCAGAGAGGUUACCUGCCGGUGCAGUCGGUGCUGGAAGCCGAGAGCUCGGAGACGCCGUGCUCCUCUCCCAAGCUGCCCCAUGCAGACACACACAGCCGAAUUGAACAUUUCGCCAGCAGACUGGCAGAGAUGGAGAGCCAGAAUUGUUCAUUCUUCACGGAUAGCCUGUCUCCUGAUGAAAGUCUGGAUGAAGAUCAGUACCUCCUGCGUCACUCCAGCCCCGCCCUGGACCCUGACUCCCCCUGCGGACAACACAUGAUGCUGGUUCACCUGGACCACCAGGACAAGGAGCAGCUCCAGUGCACCCUGGCCCGUCUGGAGAACGAGAACAGGGUGCUGCAGGGCGAGUACAGGCGGCUCAAGUGGAAGCACGAAGAAGCAGCGUCAGUCCCCAUGCUGACGGAGGCUGGGGAGGACGGCCCGGGUUCACCCACGGCAGACGGGCAGCAGGACGAGGAGCUCCUGGCCGAGGCUCGGGUCCUCCGGCAACACAAGACGCGCCUCGAGACCCGCAUGCAGAUCCUGGAGGACCACAACAAACAGCUGGAGUCGCAGCUGCACCGGCUCAGGGAGCUACUGCUACAGCCCAAAGAUGAUUCCGAGGCCAACGGAUCAGAGCCGUCCACCCUGUCGUCCCCCGUGUCGGGGGGGGGCCGCCACGUGGAGCCGGCCAGCAGAGAGACCACCGACACUGAAGCAGCAGGAGACGAACUGGAGCAGGACACGGUGCUGCAGCUCCAGGAAGUCAUCGAGCAGUUGAGAAACGUCUUCCCCUCGGAACCGGGCACCACCUCACACAUUUAAACCCUGAGUGGGCCUGGAGGAGCAAAGAGACAGCCUGA